AGCGUGCAUAGCCGCUAGACCGAGCUGAGCUAGUUACAGAGAGAGAGAGAGAGAUGGGGCGGGUGGCGACGCUGGUGGGGGUGGCGGUGGCGCUGUCGCUGACGACGGCGCUGGUGCUGCCGGAGGUGGCUGCGGUGAGGUACAUGGUAGGGGCAGGCCUGGGCAACGGAUGGACCCAAGGCCUCAACUACACUAACUGGACUCGAGACAAGCAUUUCUACAAUGGCGACUGGCUCUUCUUUGUCUACGAUAGGAACCAGUUGAGCGUGCUCGAGGUGAACGAGACGAACUACGAGUCAUGCAACUCCGAUCACCCGUUGGUGAACUGGACCAGAGGAGCAGGGAGGGACGUCGUCCCACUGAACGUCACGAGGCCUUACUACUUCGUCAGCGGCAACGGAUUUUGCUUCGGCGGAGCCAAGCUCGCCGUCAAGGUAGAGAACCCACCGCCCCCUCCCGUGGCCUCCCCAGAGAAGAGUGGAUCCCCAGCAUCCUUUUACCACGGGCGGUUGGUCCUACCAGCGGUCUUCGCAGUCGGCGCCAUGUGGGAUGCGUUCCUCCGGUUCUGCUAGCCCCUAAAGAAACCCGCUCGAGAAUCGGCUUCCCACGGGACCGACCGGCAAUUCCUUUCUUCAUCUACAAAAAUUCCUUUGAAGUGAAAAGGAAGUCAAGCUGUUUUCUUCUACCAUUUUGUUCUUUAUUUAGGAGGAGAGUUGUUUGAGAAAGAGCCUUUCUCCAUGUUUAGUCGUCGAGCUCGGUUUGGUUUGGUUUGAUUGAGGGAGAUGGCGUGAGCUGUGCUGGAACCUCGUGACCGUGUUGGGUCUGAAAGACCUGCAGCACCGAAAAGCUUCAGACCAAAAAAAGAAAAAGACAGGAUAGAGUUGAAUAUUGUUUUCCGCUGGGAAUGUAUGCUUUUUCCAAGAUUGCAAGUUGUAAAAUUUAUGUUGGCAUGUGGCGUGUUUCGUAA